GAUACACGCACUAUUUUAUAUUUUCGUUGUGUUGGAUGAUGACAGGAAAAAAAUAAAUUUAGGUUCCACCGAGAUUUGAACUCGGAUCGCUGGAUUCAGAGUCCAGAGUGCUAACCAUUACACCAUGGAACCACACAGUGAGGGCGUUUGAAAGGCAACUAUUUGAAAAGUGAACAUCAGGGACAAGCACAAAAAGAUGGGGACAAUCCAGGAACUCCUGCACGAUGGUCUCUGUUGCAAUAGGGUAUCACCAACGGACGGACACCGCCUCUUCAAAACAAACAGCUUUUUACAGUUGGUUAUGUUUUAGGUUACCCAAAGGUCUGAGAUCAGGGGAUUACAUAUACACAGUAUACAUGGUUUACAUAUAAAGCAAGAUGCUGAUAUAUUUCUAAGUAAACAACUGUAGCGUUUGUCAUAGCGGAUUGGUUUUGUUUUUUCGAAAUAGCUUUGGUGUAUUUUUAGCUAGCUCGGUAGCUAAUGUUAGCAGCUAACGCUAGUCACGCAGUGGUAUAGUCUUCUUGCUGUCGUUAGCCGCAUUAGCAUUAUUUAAUAUUAGUCAAGCUUUGCGUUGAAGGUUCUUAAACCUCAACAUUAUAGAACAUCAAUAUUAUAGACUGACUGUUCCUAACCAACGUUAGAUUGCGUAAGCGGAGCGUAGCGGAAACACACACUUGUCUGUUUGAAUACUUUGCUUAACGUUAGCGUGUAGCUAGCUUAACGUCACACCAGUAGAAGUCGUUUGGGCUUAUUAAGAAACAUGGGGAAAUAGGAUGUGACAACAAUCGGGAAAACCCGUUGCCAGUCCUUGAAACUGCCGCUUUGGCAGUGAAGUCAUGCAUGACCUGAGGUGUGCGCUGUUCAGAACAGUCCUAUCCACUUUAUCGUGGUGAGAAGGUUAAUAUCGAUCAGUGAGACAUUUAGGCUUGCUUGACUGCAAAAUGCCUGGAAUCGUGGUGUUUGGUCGGCGGUGGGGGAUCGCCAGCGACGACCUUGUUUUCCCCGGCUCCUUUGAACUGUUCAUCCGUGUACUUUGGUGGAUUGGCACCAUGAUCCUGUUCACCUACCACAAGGGUGAUUUUGAUUGUAAUGGGAAAGGAGUUCUACACGGAUAUCUGGUUGGACUGCUGGUUGUGCUGGCACUCAUCAUCCUGUCACUAUGCGCUAUUGUCUAUGUCAGUGCUCAAGGUACCAUUACGAACUCGGGCCCACGGCGCGCUAUCCCUGCACUGGUGUACUUGCGAGCUCUCCUGUACAUUCCUGAGCUGGUGUGGGCCUGUCUGGGAGCUGUGUGGGUUUCUGAUGACAGCCAAGGCUGUGAUCCUGCCACAGUGGGUGCGGUCAUCGCAGCAGUGGUUGCCAGCUGGAUCAUCCUGCUGUUCACUGGGAUAGGCGUGGUGUUUGUGUUUGACCCGCUGGGCAACCCUCGUCCUCAGGCCGCUGCCAUGGAGCCACUGGGGGUCCGAGACAUGGAGAGCAGUGAGGGCAACCAGUUCUUCUCCACGGCUCGCUCCCUGGCCGUCAAGGUGUGGGAGAGCAGGCUGCGACUCCUGUGCUGUUGUCUGCCGCAGGACGAAAGUAACCGAGCGACGUUCUCCAGCAUCGCACAGCUCGUCAGCGGAUUCUUCUCUGACACCGACCUGGUUCCUAGUGACAUAGCAGCUGGUUUGGCUCUGCUGCACCAGGAGCACGAUAAGAUGGAGAACAGCAGAGACCCAGAGGUCAUAGUGGAUCACAGCCCCUCCUCUCCCAUUGGAGAAGAUUUGGAGACAGAGUUGGAGAAAGCAGCUCACUGCAUGAAGUUUGCUGCAGCGGCUUAUGGCUGGCCGCUGUACAUUUACUCCAAUCUCUUUACCGGACCGUGUAAACUCUGUGGAGACUGCUGUAGGAGUCGUUCAGCUGAGUAUGACAUUGUCGGAGGCGACCACCUGGGCUGUCAUUUUUCCUCCAUCCUGCAGAGCACCGGUUUGCAGUACAGAGACUUCAUCCACGUCAGCUUCCACAACCAGAUCUAUGAGAUUCCCUUCUUCGUGGCUCUGGAUCAUAAGAGAGAGGCUGUUCUGGUGGCUGUCAGAGGAACACUGUCCCUGAAGGAUGUCCUGACAGACCUGUCUGCCGAAUGUGAGAACCUGCCUAUAGAAGGAGUUUCUGGAGCCUGCUAUGCUCACAAGGGCAUUAGCCAGGCAGCGAGUUACAUCUACAAGAAGCUGGUAAACGAUGGCAUCCUGAACCAGGCUUUCUCCAUUGCACCGGAAUAUAAGCUGGUCAUCACUGGUCACAGUUUGGGUGCUGGCACUGCCUCAGUGCUUGCCAUCCUCUUGCGCAAUUCCUUCCCCACCCUGCAGUGCUACGCAUUCUCUCCACCAGGGGGACUCCUGAGUAAAGCUUUAGCUGAUUACUCCAAGGACUUUGUGGUUUCGGUGGUGCUGGGAAAGGAUCUGGUUCCCAGAUUGAGCAUUCCCAAUAUGGAGGAUCUGAAGAAAAGAAUACUUAAAAUAAUUUCCAAUUGCAAUAAGCCGAAGUACCGCAUCCUGCUGCAGGGAUGUUGGUACGAGCUGUUUGGAGGAGAACCAGACAACUUUCCUAGUGAGAUGGAAGACAGGAGGGAGCAGCAGCUCAGCCAGCCACUGUUGGGGGAGGAGUCACUGAUCGUUCGCCACUCAUCAUCCUAUCAGAGCCUGGCGUCGGAUGACUCGCCCGCCCACACAGCUGCACACUUGCCUCUCUUCCUGCCCGGACGCAUUCUGCAUAUUACAGAAGACGGGCCUUCACGGAGGUCCUGUUUUUCCCAGGUCCGCUACCGUGCAGAGUGGUCCAAUGCAAUGUCGUUCAGGAGUAUUUUGAUCAGUCCCAGGAUGCUUUCAGAUCACAUGCCUGACGCUGUGCUCCGAGCACUCAGCAGUCUCACCACCGACAGGCCCUUCUUUCUCUGCCCGUCGUCUUUAAACAACAGCCAGCACAACACUAUCUGAAACAUACCAUAGAGACUUACUCCUUACGUAUGUUCCCCCAGACUCUACAGUUAGAAACUGGAUUGUAAUGGAAGAUAUGAAACUACAGAAGCAUGAAUGAACCUGAUUUGUUAACAUGUCGGAGCACAUGUGCUUUGUUAAAUUGCACUUUUGAUUAAUUACUUCUUAUUAUUUGUUUGAUUUCAACUCUUGAGUUACUCCAUGAGCAACUUUGAAUGUGCGUUGUGUACAAUAUUUCACAGUGCUGCAGUUUUACUGUGAUGUCAUUGUUUUACAUUUAAUGUCUGUGCAAGUGCUAUGUGACCAGGUAGAGGCUGCCCCCUGGUCACUGAAAGUGUCCAGUGUUGUCUUCCUUAUCUGUGGAGGGGACUGAAGAGCAGUCAGAUCCAGGACAUGAGGAUAUAGGGGUAUCGUUUACCUCAAAAUGUGGGCUGAAGCCUUACGUCUUCAUUGUGUAGUAACUGUGGGUAGUCUGUCUUGUGUUUAAUGUCUGAAGACAUCAGGGUGAACAGUGCCUAUGCAUUACAGAAAUACAAGUCAUCAGAAUUGCUUUACAGAAAAAAACGAAUGCAGUGUGUUUAUAGUAAGUUUGUUUUGCAUUUUCUACAAUGCAGUUUGAAUAGUGCAUGUUCUUUGGCAAAAAGACUGAUAGAUGUAAGAGGUGGAAAGAUUGUACCUGUUUACUUGCCAUGGGUAUUACAUCUUUGUUUCAGGUAUUGUAUCAUAUUAAAUUAGCCGAUGCCUGUGUAAUUAUUUCACAUCCUUAGUAGAAUACACUGAACUCCUUGAUGCAAAUAAACGAUUUUGUGAAGCA